AUGGCGUGCGACCUGAAUGACACGUGGGCGGAGUGCUUGGGUGAGUUCAAGACCACGCUUACAGAUGUCGGCGCCACGUGGCGCUGCUACACGUGCGACGGUGUCGACAAGGAGGCGAUGCUCAGCGCACCAGAGGUGAUGGAUGCCAAGACAGACCCCGGCUGUGGCUACAGCACCGUGCGCUCGCUCAACAGCAUGCUGCAGGACGGCACCAUUCCCUCCGCAGCAACGCUGAAGGGCCAGGCGCUGCUUGACGUGAUGGACCUCAUCCAUGUGAAGGAGCUGCAGUAUCUGCAGGGAUUCGCACUCACCGCUGGGUGCCUGGCCUUCCCGUACUUCUUCCGCAUGGACAUACUGAAGGAGCAGAACCCAACACUACACGCAUACUGCCGCGGUGUCGCACGUUCGGUGGAGCUCACAAUGCGUGCCGUCAUGACGACGCGUAUCCGCAGCGAUGAGGAGUUUAUUCCAUGGCUACGGGAGCUCGAACACGAGGAAGAGAUCACAGAGGAGCAGAUCAUCGCUGAACUUGAAGGGGCCGCGUGUAAGGCGGAGUCUGCCGCUAUCGCAGCGCGACUGCGGUGGAGAAAACUCUUCUUGUCGGCACAGAAGCUAUUUAUCAUGGAUUCCAAGAAGUCCGACACUGAGGCGGCGUGUGACAUCUGCCAGGAGGCGUGUGAUCUGCUGAGCUCCGCCGACUACGCACGCACGGAGGAGCCGGUGCAGGAUAGCAGGUUCUUCUGCGAGGCGGAGGUGGUCUACUGGGCGAGUGCCUUCACUCCUACGAAGCCGCGGCCAUGCGUUCCCUUCGAGCAGGCAAUGCAGGAGUACAAGAAGAUGCUGACCCAGCUGGCUUCGCUGCGGGACCUCCUCCACAUGCCGUCGCUGCAGUCCAUCGUGGAGUUCGUGGAGGCAUUGGGGGCGCAAAAGCCAUUACUGCCGAUGCGGUCCAUCGCCGUUAUCCUGCUCUUUCGCCAGGACCAAAACGAGUCUUUCCUCCACGGCCCGUCCAUGCCGCACCGCAUCCUCGAUGAGCUGGCCAAAGAUUACGGUGCCCCACUGUAUCUCAAAAUAUUUGAGGGCGACGAGGAAAUGCUGGAGGGCGUCAUCAAGUACCGCAUCCACAAGACAAUGGAUCCGCUGAGGGUCACACCAGAGCAAUCAAUGCUUCUGCGGCAGCAGACGUUGGAGGCGGUGCGUCGCUGGGCGAUGGAGAUGUCCAAGGCGUACCUUGUCCACAUGGAGGCGAUGCUGUGCAACCGCGGCCUCGCCCACCGCCGGCUCAUGAACGCGCUGCCGCAGCUGGGUGCACUGCAGGAAAUGGCGUAUUCCACUGACACCUCCAUAUUUCUUUCACUGGUACCGGCCGUCUCACCUGAACUGGAGGCGGAGGCAGUUAAGCGUAUGUCGAUGCUCGCCAUGUACGCUAACCAGCACAUCCUGCGCGUUAUGCAACUCAUCUUCUCCCUGACGCUCGAACUGGACCUAUUCACACAAGGGGAGCUGGUGCCGGCACUGUGGUACCUCAACUUCACGCAACGUGCUCAGAUGGAGAAUCUUGGCAUGCUUGCCCCCCCGCCCGCCACACUGAUUCCAGAGACACGCAUCAACCGCCGUACAANGUGCUCAGAUGGAGAAUCUUGGCAUGCUUGCCCCCCCGCCCGCCACACUGAUUCCAGAGACACGCAUCAACCGCCGUACAAAGGUGCCGCUCUUCAACCUCGCGCUGACGACACGCACAGUUGGACACCCUGA